AUGAGAUUGUUUUUGCUCAUUGGAUGUAUUCUAUCCUUUGGAUUUAGUUACCUAAUUAAGAGUGAAAUGGGAAUAAUGUGGGAGCCUAAUAUAGAUGCAGUUAUUAAAUAGAUGAAGGAGAUGUAAGCUUAUUAUCGAUAAUAUCCAAACUAUGACGUGGCAAUGGAUAAGUAAGGACUUCUUCAUGCGUACAUUUAACUGCUUAUAGAAAAACAGGAUGAGAUUGUUAAUGCGCAUAAAUUAAAAUCGUUAAUCAAUUAUUUUGAGAGCUAAUUUUUAGAGAUUCACAAUAAAUACUCUGAUAAUCAAAUUCCCGAUGAUAAGUUUGGACCAGCUAAAUGGGAAUUUGAUUACUAAUACUAUUUACAAUUUAUUUAUUGGCCAAUAGGUUUUGUUUUAGGGUUGUUUUUGAUAAAUUUGAUUUAUUACUGCGUUGCAGAUUAUUGUUUAAAGAGGAAAACAGAAUGA